UUCUUUUGAGUAAAUUGAACUCUUUUUGGCACUUCGCAUUUUUCACGUUCACAUCAGAAUCAAAAUAAAGCAACAUAAACUUGUGCCUGAUUGUUCAUUUAUUGUCGAGUGCUUUCACUGUGAUAAACACAACAACUACUAGCUUUGUUGGCUAAGAAAAAGGUUGAAGAAAUGUCGAAGAUUGUGUUUUGUGAAUUUGAAGUGUUUGGAAAAGUUCAGGGCGUUUAUUUUCGAAAGUAUACUGAAAGACAGGCAAUUAUCUUAGGAUUAAGAGGUUGGUGUAUGAAUACAGAAAAAGAUACAGUAAAAGGAAGAUUAGAAGGCGAUCAAGGACGUGUUAUGCAGAUGAUGGAGUGGCUUAAGACAAGAGGGAGUCCAAAGUCGAGCAUCGAAAAGGCAACUUUUACAGACCUAAAACCGAUCAGAGAAUUUACAACCAAGACGUUUUUAAUUAAGCGCUGAAGCUGCUUUUUUUUUUUGCAUC